AUGCGCUUAGCUGCCUUCAUCUGCCUCGCGUCCUGCCUAAGUGAGAGCCAGGCAAGCUUCGUGUGCAGUCCGACGAAAACGCCCUUUCGCACGCUCGGCCAGCGGCGAUGCGAUCCUCCGCAGCAGCAGCAACCGCAACUCGUGCGCACACCAUCGCUGGGGAUAGAGUACUGCUCGCGCUGCAACUGGAUGCUGCGCUCUGCCUGGCUAGGGCAGGAGCUCCUCACCACGUUCAACGCCAGUCUCGCAGAGGUGCGCCUGCUGCCGAAUGCGGUCGAGGCGGGUGUCUUCAACGUGACGCUGACAACCGAGGGCGCUGGCAGUGUACUCGUGUGGAACCGCGCCGAGGAGGGCCGCUUUCCAGAGGCAAAGGAGCUCAAGCAGCGCGUGCGCGACGUCCUCGACCCCGACUUCUCGCUCGGUCACUCGGACGUCGCCCAACGGCUCGGCGAGCCCGCAAGUGAGACGGGCACCGCGCGCGUCGCGCUCGAGCGGCUCGUGAGCCUUUUCCGCGGUGAGGGCCGCCGCCGCCGCCGCUGAGCGCGCGCCACGCGCUUGUGGAGGUCGAUCGGGCGGGCAGAGAGGUACCCGGAACCCGCUACACCCGGUACCCCGAAAACGCAUGUGAUUUUAGUUCCUACGUCAAAAACUUUACAAGCAUA